AUGCUGGAUGAAAAUAACCAUCUUAUUCAGUGUAUAAUGGACUAUCAGAAUAAAGGAAAGGCCUCAGAGUGUUCUCAGUAUCAGCAGAUGUUGCAUACAAACUUGGUAUACCUUGCUACAAUAGCAGAUUCUAAUCAAAAUAUGCAGUCUCUUUUACCAGCACCACCCACACAGAAUAUGCCUAUGGGUCCUGGAGGGAUGAAUCAGAGCGGCCCUCCCCCACCUCCACGCUCUCACAACAUGCCUUCAGAUGGAAUGGUAGGUGGGGGUCCUCCUGCACCACACAUGCAGAACCAGAUGAACGGCCAGAUGCCUGGGCCUAACCACAUGCCAAUGCAGGGACCUGGACCCAGUCAACUCAGUAUGACCAACAGUUCCAUGAACAUGCCUUCAAGUAGCCAUGGGUCCAUGGGAGGCUACAACCAUUCUGUGCCAUCUUCCCAGAGCAUGCCGGUGCAGAACCAGAUGACCAUGAGUCAAGGGCAACCAAUGGGGAACUAUGGUCCCAGACCAAACAUGAAUAUGCAACCAAACCAAGGUCCCAUGAUGCAUCAGCAGCCCCCUUCUCAGCAGUACAGCAUGCCACCUGGAGGCGGGCAACAUUACCAGGGACAGCAACCCCCCAUGGGCAUGAUGGGUCAAGUCAACCAAGGCAAUCACAUGAUGGGCCAGAGACAGAUGCCUCCCUAUAGACCACCACAACAGGGCCCACCACAGCAGUACUCAGGCCAGGAAGACUAUUAUGGGGACCAAUACAGUCAUGGUGGACAAGGUCCUCCAGAAGGCAUGAACCAGCAAUAUUACCCCGAUGGUCAUAAUGAUUACGGUUAUCAGCAACCGUCGUAUCCUGAACAAGGCUACGAUAGGCCUUAUGAGGAUUCCUCACAACAUUACUACGAAGGAGGAAAUUCACAAUACGGCCAACAGCAAGAUGCUUACCAAGGACCACCUCCACAGCAAGGGUACCCACCCCAGCAGCAGCAGUACCCAGGGCAGCAGGGCUAUCCAGGACAGCAGCAGGGCUACGGUCCUUCUCAGGGUGGUCCAGGCCCUCAGUAUCCUAACUAUCCUCAGGGUCAAGGUCAACAGUAUGGGGGCUAUAGACCAGCACAGCCGGGACCACCCCAGCCACCCCAACAGAGGCCUUAUGGAUAUGACCAGGGGCAGUAUGGAAAUUACCAGCAGUGAAGAAGUCCUUACAUUCCAAUAGCCAGUAUCUCUUAGCAGCAUAUUGUCACCUCAGCACUGUGGACACCUCCCUGUGAUGAUGUCCUUCCAUUCCAUCUAAUUUUUGGAAAAACCUUGUGGAUAAGUGGCUGCUUUGUCAGCAAGCAGCCUCUCUCGGCUUUAGUUUUAAAAGGCAUUAGUAGCUCCAAAAUAUACCUGAUUUCACAUUUCUACUCUAGAUGGCAACAUUGGACAGAAAAUGCAUUGACAUAACCAAUCGGAAGUGAUUUCAGAACUGUGUUUCAAAUGGACUGUUACAGACUGAAAGGUGUGAACAGCUUUGUAUGUUUAUGAAGGUUGAGGGAAUUUAAUACUUUUCCACAGAUUCUUUUGUAAGGGGAAGAGGGAAAUGUACACUUUUUACUGCAGCAAUAUUUUGUAUAUUAUGUUUAUUCCAUGUUGAAUAUGCAAGGCGGUACACUACGCACUGGGCAGAAUCAGAAAUCCUCUGUUCAUGUGGAGUGUGGUGGAUGCUUGAUUGUUGUGCUCUCCAAAUGGUGUUCUGUGAAGAUAAAGGUGAGGGAGAAGACAAAAGCACACCAUAUGUCCACAGUUGUGUUCUUAGAGAGGAAAUUCAGGUCCCUUUUAUCUCCCAGGUAAUCAAGGGCGCUGUGAUACAGUUUUUGAGUACAAAGACAUUUUUUUUUAAAGCCUUCCAGUUUUGUGGAUUAAAACCUUUUUGUAAAGAUGAUUUAUAAUACUGUUUUCAAAUGUGAGGCGAUAAUUAUGUUGCAUCUGUGAGCGUUGGGUGGCAGGUUCGUGUAAAUGAAGUGGGAAACCUCUCCUAAAACAGCAAUAACUAAAAAAAGGAAAGCGUUAAAUUUUACCUUUUUUGAGCAAUCAGGGAUCUUAAGUAAUAUCAAUGCAUUUUAUAAACAUAUCUAAGAGAAGUCAGAGUUGAUCUAGUAAUUUUAUUUUUUAGCAUUAGGUGGAUAAUUGGUUUAUGUAACAAAAUGAUUUAGAGACUAUAUGCUUCUUAUUUUGGUCUUUUUGAGACGGGGUCUCCCUGUAGCUGUAGCUAGCCUGGCACUCGCUGUUGUAGACCAGGUUGGCCUUGAACUCAGAGAUCCGCCUGCCUCUGCCUCCCAAGUGCUGGGACUAAAGGCGUGCGCCACCACGCCUGGAGAGACUACAUACUUCUAUUUUAACUCUUAAUUGGAAAUGAAUAAGGGGUGCUUUUAUGUGCUUCCCUCUUCAUCUUGGUUGAUGUAAUAGAGAUGUUUAGGAAAAUGCUUACUGGUGAGGUGUUUCUGACAUGUAUGGAAAGCACAGAGGUUGCUUUUUAUGCCCCCUUGUUUUUAAGCAUGACAUCAUUGUUUGAGACUGUUUUAGCUAAAUUUGGGGAUAUUGCACUGGGCGAGAAAGCAUGUAUUGAGCGAUUUCUAACCACAGUUAUUUAAGCAUAAUCUGAAAACAUCUAGCCCAAAGGUAAGUUGUUAUUUUCCUCAGAGCUGCCUGUGCCCAGGGAAUACUGCGUAUUCUUUAUAAUUGAAUUGGUUUUUCUCACUUCUAACUGGAAACAACAGAAGGGGUCCUAUAAAUUUGAAUAAGCAAAGCACACUGAUCUCAACAUGUGGUAGUCAAAGGAGGAAUUUCAGUGCAUCUCUGUGUAAGAGAGUGUGUGUGAGUGUGUGUGUUAAGCUCAGAAUGGACUUUUCUUAAACUUGGUCAAUAGAAAAUGGACGUCAAGUUUUAACAGAUAAUGCGUGGGCAGUCUUAUUAUGAUUGAAAUGCUUAGGUUCUGUGCCAAUUUCCCACCACUGUGUACUUUGUUGCUAUUUAAAACUGUAUCAACUCUAACAGAAGAAUAAAUUAUUUGUGAUUUUAA